UCUCAAACUCAUGUCCAUCGAGUCGGUGAUGCCAUCCAACCAGCUCAUCCUCUCAUUCUUUAGUAGGGUAUUCACCAAGUCACCAAGUGAGCUACUACUGAACCGGUACUUUGCCUAUUACAACGAAUGGAGCACCAACCUGAAACGCAGUUUGUGAUCAACAUAAACCUUUUUCCUGACAAGACGCCUCAAAGUGGAUGCUUUGACUCUCCUAUUUGGACCCCAAGGCUUAGACAGGUCCCGAAGCCUGUGAUCACUGCAGAAAUGAGAUUCAGGCGACCCACAAGCGCGCGCCAGACCCCAACAUCUACCGAGCAAACCAAGGGCUUCCGGCCGUGGCGGUUGCCAACUUGGCGGGUUUCCGGAGUGAGGGCGGGGCGGGGCUGAGAGACGGGCAAAGGAGCUUGGAGAAGCGUCCUGAGUUGCCAUGGAAACGAGGCCCAGCAGCAGUCUCAGCAGCCCAGAGGAGUCCUGUGAAGCUCUUCCCCAAGGAUUGCUAGUGUUCACCGGUUCUUCGGAUCGCGAUGUCAACUUGGCCAAGCAGUUCUGGAUCGGGGCGUCCAUGUACCCCCCCAACGAAUCUCAGCUGGUGCUGUCCAGAGGUAGCAGCCAGCGUCUGCCGGUGGCGCGUCCUUCCAGGAGCAAUGCACCGGAGAAAAAAACUUACUUCCAGCCUUUUUUCCUUGAGGAAAGCAAGAGUAGAGAUGUCACUGCUGAAACCCUAAAGAUUCAAGAAUCUGAGGAGAAAAAAAAGUAUCUCCAAAAGGCUAAAAAGAGAGAUGAAAUUAUCCAACUCUUAAGAAAACAAAGAGAAGAAAGGAUCUCGGUGAGACUGAUAAAGGAACUGAUUUCCCUUCCACAUAAACCAAAAGGCAAAGUACACAAAGCAAAGAAUAUUUGCAUUUUAAAAGAGGGCUGACUAGAAGGAAUACUGGGUAAUCCAAAGAAAUCAGUCACCAGUGAUGAAAUCUCAGAAGUUUGACUCUUAGGUGAGCACAUUAUAUUUACCUUUAGGAGGUCCACUCCCAAACCUUUCAAGUCACUUCACAGUGGAAUGACUGUUCCUCCCACACAGAAAUUUAUACUUGGUUGCAAAAUCUAACCCAUAGUUAGAAUCCUACACCGUAAAUUUUUAUUGGAGAAACUUUCAAAAGUUGUUUUCAUGCCACAUUGUGUUCACAGCUACAGAGUUCUGUACAGAGUUCUGAACUGAUUCCUG